CCGCUUCUCCCGGGCUCCGCAGCUCCGCCGCCCGCGGGGACGCCAUGGAGCCGCCGCCCUGCGAGGAGAGAGGGAAGGAUGUGAGUGCUGUGUGGCUCUGACCUCCCUCCUGCUCUGUAUCUAAAGGCAGAGUCAUCCCAUCACAGCAUCCCUGGGGAUGCAUCCAGAACCAGGCUGAGAAAAGAAAGGAAUUAAAAAUAAAUGUAAGCGCAUCCUGACACGUUAACCACAUUUAGAGAGGCUUCAGUGCCAACCCAACCCGGCUCUAUGAGACAAGUAGGUCACAGGACACAGAUUGUCCCGAAUCAGCAUUAAAGGAUGGAUGUGGAGCAGGCAGGAGGGAGAAGGGGAUGGGAGGAGAGCUCUGCUGCCUGUAUGUUCUUGAGAGGAGCAGAAAUAAUGAUGGGACACACGGAUCCCAUAGUGCUGAGGCACUGGAAAGAAGAGGGAAGGGAGGAGGCCGGGGUGGGACGGAAGGAUGGAGGAAGGACGAGGGGACCACGGUGUGGGAUGAGACGGGAGGGCUGUGGCGGCGGGGCCGGGGUUGAUGUGAGGGCGGGAGAGCGGGACGGGCCGCCACCACAGCGCCCCACAGCGCCAUCAGCCCCACAGCGCAGCGCCGCUCCUCAGGGCCAGCCCGGGUGCUGUCAGCUCCAACCCACAGCUCCAGCUCUCUCUGAAGCCCCAGCAGACAUUCUCUUUGGGACCUUCACACCCUCAAGCAACCCAAAGGAGGAAGGCAAAGCUCAGGUAGAGGCACUGCAGGAGACCCAGCAGACCCACACACCAUGUCCUACAUGCAUUUGCUGGUGAGCAGGCGUGGGCCUCUGGCCAAGAUCUGGCUGGCUGCUCACUGGGAGAAGAAGCUGACCAAGGCUCAUAUCUUCGAGUGCAACUUAGAGACUACCAUUAAAAAGAUCGCCUCGCCAAAGUUUACCAUAGCUCUGCGCACCUCUGGGCACUUACUCCUGGGAGUGGUGCGAAUCUACCACAGGAAAACAAAAUACCUCCUGGCAGACUGCAGUGAAGCUCUGACAAAAAUGAAGACAGCCUUUCGCCCAGGACUUGUUGACCUUCCAGAAGAGAGCUGUGAGGCUGCUUAUCAGUCCAUUACAUUACCUGAAGAAUUUCAUGACUUUGAAACAGCGCUACCUGAAUUAAAUGCCAUUGAUGUUGCUGAGCAUUUUACCUUGAAUCAGAGCAAAGCUGAAGACAUCACACUUAAAGAGGAUUAUGAAAGCAAUGUACUCCUCUGUGAUAGGAACUUUGAUGAGGAAUCAGAUGCACUGAGAAAACAGAGCUACUUCGAUGUGAGCUUUCUGAUGAGCAGCUGCAACCUCGUGGCUGAUCACAGCUCUGCAAGCAUGAAUGGAGACAAGCCUGCUGCACAUGAGGGCUCGUAUUGCUUGGAGCUGGACUGCUUCGGAGAUGAGGAGGCUGGUGCAGACAUGAUUGAAAUCCUAUUGAGGGACGAACAAAAUGGCCUAACUAAUGGCAUUCUUGAUAUGGAGGAAGAACUUCCUUUGUCACAAGGCCUACGAGAGAGCAGCACAGCAGCCGAGUUCAACCAUUCAGACUCUGCAGUGAAGACAGAAAGUCAUCUCAUGAAUGAAACAAUGCUUUUGCUUAAAGAAGAAGAAGGAUUUGUGCUUGAGCCAGUUGAUGCUACAGAUUUCAACCAGAGGAAAAACAAUAAAAGGAAGAGGAAGUUGCUUGUAGAUGUAGAGAAGGAGCUCAGCUGCAAUGCUAUAUACCAGCAGCUUAACAACAGCACGGACACCCUUGUUACAUUAGACCUUGCCCCUCCAACUAAACAAACAAUGAUGUGGAAAGAAUCAGGAGGAGCGGAAACACUCCUGUCCCAGCCUGCACAGCAUUUGUUUCAUGCUGAACUACAAAUGCUCUUUGCAAAAUGCUUCAGGAGAGUUAGAUUUGAAAUGGGAAGAAAUGUAACACAGAUGGAGUCUGAAAUGGACAAAACAAGGAAGAAGAAAGAUGCUGCAGAGGUGCUGAUAACAGACGAAUCGAGUUACCUGCAGGGGUUGGACUGCUCAGAGCCUGAGAGAAAAACUGACAAUGAUUUGUUGGCACUGACAGAACGGAAUAACAGCAGUGAAACUGUGAAUGGCUUUGGUGAAACCCUACAGGGUGAAGCUGCUUUCUUUGAGAGCUCCAUGCUGGUGAAUAAUUCAAUGGGCCGAGAAACUCCAGUGCAGCAAGCUGAGACAACACACGAGCUGGAAUUGGAAAGCAAAGAUAGUGAAGAAAUGAAGUGGAACAGAAGAACUCUUCAGUUAUUAAAAACCUUACAGCACCUGAACAAAUCUGGAGUGAAUUCCUUCAGCUUACAGGAGCUCUGUCAGAAGAGCAACAGGAAAGAAGCUGCAGUGAAGUUUUACAUCUUCCUUGUUCUGAAGAAGCAGAUGGUCAUCGAGUUGGUUCAGCAUGCUCCAUUUGCAGACAUCACAGCCACAGCCGGACAAAUGUUCAGUGCUCACUGAAACCAUGCAGCAGUCAGAUAAGCUCAUUGAAACACCAUUCUGUUGUUUCAGUUUUGUUUUUCACCAGAAAAUACUCUUCUUUUCCUGCAAAAAGAAAGGAACUCUCAUCAAACCACGGUGAACUGAGCGGAGUUCUUUCAUUCCUGUGCCCUCUUGGAACCACACAGUAAUGAAUCGGUGCCGCUGUGUGGCUGCAGUGUUGGUUAGCAAGGUGUUCACUGUGUGUUCAGCUUCAUGAUAUAUAUGUUUAUAAAUAUAUAUAUAUACAUUAUAUAUAUGUUACUUGCUCUGUUGAUAGUAGGUAGCUAAAAUCCAUGCUGCCCCUCAGACAUUUACAGCGUGAGGGGCUUGAUGAGAGAUCUUUAAAGCCUUUCUUAGAGUCCAGCAUUGGAAAUUAGGUUAUUUUCAGUCCUUGUGUGUUAAUUAGGUACCAUGGUCAGUAAGAGAAGGGAAGUACCUUGAAUUAUCUUCGAGUCUAUUCCAAUUUAUUUAUGUCAAAGAACGUUCAGUAUUUGAUGUGUUAAGGUCUUACAAGUGACUGCAGCUCUGCCAUCAUGUGCUGAGAUGGAGACUUCUGCUGUCCUUGAGGUCGGGAGGGAAUUGUACUUCCAAGAACCCCUGUGAUGUUCCAUUUUGUGGGGUGCGUUUACCCAAAGGCUGACAGCUUUCCUUCAGCACAGGCCAAUGUAAGAACUGAAAUGUCAGUGAUCCUUUGUACUUCUAUCUAAUCUAUUUAUGGUAAUUCUCACGUGAUGCAGCACUGAGUGGCUGUGCUCUGGGUAUGCUGACACCUCCUGAUAUGGAAUCAAUAAAAGUCCAACCAAGGUGUUUCCUGUGCUCCCUGGA